AUGUUUAGCACUUCUCUACUGGAAAUUAAUUUCUCCGAAAAACAUUCAUAUAAUGAAUUGCUCAGGCAAGGCGUAUCUGGUGAACCAUUUGUAUCGAUUAUUAGUCAACUACCUAAACUACGUCGUGCUCGAGAAAGCAAUGGCGUUCUGGACCACUUAUUCGAUCUUAGUGAGAAAUAUGAAAAUUACUUUUUUUUCUCUUUUGGAUCUCGAAUGGGUAUUAUGAUGACUGAGCCAUGCAUGAUUGUUGACAUUGUAGGUCGGUCACAUGCUCAUGCCUAUGUGAAACCAGGUGUGUUCAUUAGUGCUUUUAAACCAUUAAUUGGCUCACAUAAUUUAUUAGUUAGCGAAGGGCAAGAACAUUAA